CACAGACACCGUAACUUUCACAGCCUGGCAGCUUUCUCUUAGUUACAACUGCGCCUGCUCCCCAGAGUGACCGCCGCAAUGACGUCCUCACUACCGGGCAAUCGCGACCUGCCAGCCUCGCAGUAUGAUCUCAGCACAUACUGGGGCCGUGUGCGGCAUUGCGCAGACGUUUCUGAUCCAAGAACGCUCCUCACAUCCUCCGCCGGCCUCGAUAAUGCGAAACAACUCGUCACCGCGUAUAAGACGGGGAAGAUGCAGGAUAUGACGCCCGAGUUAUGGAAGGCGAAGAAGAUCAUCGAUUCUACGAUACACCCGGAUACGGGAGAGCCUGUUGUUCUGCCCUUCAGGAUGUCUGCCUUCGUGCUGUCCAACUUGGUCGUCACGGGCGGCAUGCUCACACCAGGACUUGGGACUGCAGGAACGCUCGGCUGGCAGGUAGUUAACCAGUCACUCAACGUGGCUAUCAACUACUCGAACGCGAACAAAUCGACCCCGCUACCUACCUCAGCCAUCGUCAAGUCAUACUUUAUCGCCGUAGGCGCGUCUUGCGGUGUUGCGCUUGGGCUAAACUCCGCAGUGCCCCGCUUGAAGCGCCUCUCUCCUAAUGCCAAAUUGAUCGCUGGACGUCUGGUACCAUUCGCCGCUGUCGCAUGCGCCGGUGUGUUGAAUGUGUUUUUGAUGCGUGGUGAGGAGAUACGGAAGGGCAUCGACGUAUACCCGGUCCUUACGGACGAGGAGAGGCAGCGGGUGGACAGGGGCGAGCUGAAGGUGGAAGCUCUGGGCAAGAGCAAGAAGGCAGCAACGCUUGCGGUCGGCGAGACAGCGAUAAGCCGUGUAUUGAACGCGACACCUAUCAUGGUUCUGCCGCCACUCAUCCUCGUGCGGUUGCAGAAGACAGAGUGGCUGAAGCAGAGGCCGAGAAUGACAACACCAGUGAACCUUGGUCUCAUCUUCGCGACGAGCAUCUUUGCACUGCCACUGGCACUUGCUGCCUUCCCUCAGCGACAGGCCGUCAGUGCCAAGUCACUAGAGGAUGAGUUCCACGAGCGUGGAGGAAAGGACGGCUUGGUGGAGUUUAACCGCGGCAUAUGAACCUUGGAGUCAUAUGGUGGAGUCAUAUUAGCAGGCCCUGUCUGACACAAGAAAACUAGGGCAAAGCACACGUUGUGAAAGUGUAGCUUGGGUACACGCAGGCAGGCGGAGGACGGAGGGGUGAGCCCUCUGAUUGGCCAAUAGCCGGGCAGCUUCGUGCAGCAGAGGGCUGCGAGACGGAUAAUCUGGCUUGUAUCUAGGAACAGAAUCUAUACUGCAAGCCUCUCAUCGGCGGCAAAUUGAACGGAU